AUGUCGGGGCAGCAACCGCCGCCAAAUGGACCACGUGGCUGGAAUCCACGUGUAGCAUCGCCGUCUACAUUUAUGUAUCGUCCACCCUCUCCUUGGACCCCAGUGGCUCCUAGCCCCCCUCCAAUUAUAUCGGGACCACGCAGACCUUCGAUGCCUUCGCCAGCGCCCAUGAGCCCCACACCGUUUGCUCAUGCCAUGUCACCAGGACCUAGUAAUUUACGUGGCACUAGAGGCACCAACAAUAUGCCUCAUCCACGACCUCAGUGGCCGCAACAGCCACCCUUAGCUGGCAAUAUGUCACCGGCUCCCUAUCAGCCACCAACCUUUCAACCCAGCUUCUAUCCCAAUCAGCAGCAGGCACCAUUAACACAGCUGCCGCCCAAGGUCUGUCCAUCGCCUACCGCCUAUGUAGGCGCUAAUGGUCCAAGGCCCUUUAGGCCCCUAACACAUCAAAACUCGUAUGGCGGUGAUCCUACCAGUUCUUUUCAACUUUCGCCUACACCUUCGCCGAUUGUCUGUCAGACCCCAAAUUCGGAAUUUAUGUAUGGCAGUAAUCGUCAGACUCCGAUGUCUCAUGCUUACGAAACACAACAACAACAAUAUCCGAGACAGCAACAACACUACGCACCACCACCACCAUCGAUGCAACAACAACAGCAACAACGUCCUCAAUCACAGAAUCAAUACGACUUUGUUGGUGUACCGCUAGAGCCUCCACAGCCUAAAUCGUAUGUGAUUUAUGAUGACGAAGAGGAAUAUGGUCCAUCAACAGCAGAAAUUAUAGCCAAUCAAUCUCAAGAUUAUGUUGAUGAAAAACUUGCCGAAUAUCAAAUGACUAUUUUGCAAUUGCAAGGGCAAAAAGGCAACAUUUUAAUAUCUUCUUUAACCAUACCAUAA